ACCAGUUCAUUUCUGUACACAGUCAUCAAACAAUUUGACCAAACAACAAAAAUAACACUAAAAUGGCCGCUAAGUUCAUCAUCUUCACCGCUUGCGUGGCUACCGCCCUCGCCCAAUACUCUGCCCCAGCUUACAAGCCAGCGUACUCUGCACCCGCUUACUCAGCGCCAAAGGCUUACGCCCCAGAACCCGCAUACGCACCCACACCAUACAACUUCGAAUACAGCGUAAACGACCCACACACUUACGAUGUGCACAGCCAAUCCGAAUACAGUGACGGAAACGGUUACGUCAAGGGAACCUACAGCCUCGUCGAAGCCGACGGCUCAAUCCGCACCGUCGAAUACACCGCUGACGACCACAGCGGUUUCAACGCCGUCGUCAAGAACGAAGGUGGAUACAAGGCCCCAUCAUACUCCGCACCAGCCUACAAGCCAACUUACUCUGCACCAGCUUACUCUGCACCAGCAUACUCUGCACCAGCAUACUCUGCACCAGCAUACUCUGCCCCGGCCUACAAGCCAGCUUACAAACCAGCAUACUAAAUUAUUUAGCCAUGUGAACCAACACCAUUCUUCUUCUUUUAUUUAAUGUUUUCUUCAUGUACCACCCUGGGCCAUUGCGUUCAUAUUGAACCGUGGUUUCAAUGUCAUACCAUGCCGUAUUAAUAUAUAAGACAAUUGGUACGACUUAUGUAUUUAUUGUGUAAAUAUAAUAUAUAUAACAAUGUGUAUAUUUAUCGAACAUCUAUGAUUUUUUUAAUUUCCACUUAAUACCCUGAACAAAUACUUUAUAAUAAUGUAUACAAUUAUUUAAUGAAAAAUAUAUUUUUAUAUAUUUUA